AUGUUGUUACAGGUUGUUCAACAAAGUUCUUUUUAUUUUAUUUGUAGUGACCAAAAAGAAAAUUGCCAGAAUCCAUUGUCAUUCUGGACAUGCUGUUGUGCACAUCUUCUUCAAUGGAUCUCAUUACUGUUUGGUAAAACAGGAAAAUGGAUUGCAAGACAUCCAUGGUGGGUCAUUUUUCUUACUCAUGUGCUAGUCUUGUUCUUUGCUACUGGUUUUAUCUUCAUCAACUUUGAAAAGAAUACAGCCAAGUUGUACAACCCACAAAACAGUCAAGCAGAGAGAGACCUGGAUAGAGCGAACAAGUAUUUUUCAUCAAAGUUUCGACGAGAAAUGGUAAUAUUGAAACCAAAGAACCAACAUCCACAGGGCGUGUUGACUAAACAGUGUUUUAUGGAUGCUCUACGGUUGCAUCGUGCCAUCGAAAGUCUACAAGAUUACAAAGAAUAUUGUAUGAAAGAUCCUAUCAGAAAUCAGUGUAUUGUCAUAACACCCCUAGAACUAUUUCACUACAAUCCGGCAUAUUUAACGAAUAUCACUGCUUGGCUAAGCUCUGCUUACGGAAAUAAAUCUUAUCUUAUGACCAAUGGUCGACCAGCGUUUUAUAACUUCCCUGCAAUAUUUGGAACGAGCCUAAAGAUUGAACGCGGAAGUGUAGAAAGUGCUGAUGUUUUGCAAAUGAUAUACGUUACAAAAGAUCCGGCAAAUGAGAGAGAAUAUCAGAACAUAUUGAAAUUUGAACAGGCAUUCCUUGAUACUGUCCUCAAAAUGAAAAAUCAGUUAAAGUCUGUGGAAGUGUUCUACAGCAGUGCACGAAGUGUAGAUGAUGCUGUGAAUGAAAGUUCAAUUUCUGAUCUCAGUUUGUUUUUGAUAACAUUCCUCUUCAUGAUCAUCUUCGCAUGUUUGGCUUCAGGAAACUUUGUUAAACCUACACAAGGCCACGCUUUACUUGCUACCUCGUGUGUCAUUGCAGUUAGUUAUGGCAUUAUAUGCGGUUUGGGUUUUGGUAUGUGGCUAGGUGUACCAUUCAUUAGCAUAGUUGGAUUCCUACCAUUCUUGAUCCUUGGUGUGGGACUUGAUGACAUGUUUAUAAUUGUUAAUGAAUUUGACCGGUUACCACGUGGUCUAUCUGUUGUACGUUGCGUCAGCAUUGUUAUGACAAACAUCGGUUCAUCAAUUACCAUGACAACUGUGACGACACUAGCUGCAUAUUUAAUCAGUACAUCGACAAGUUUUCUGGCUAUACGUUAUUUCUGUCUCUAUGCCACAUUUUGUAUUGCGUUCUCGUACUUGUUCGUUGUUGGUUUCUUCGUAGCGGCCUUAUCGUUGGAUGGACGACGGAUUAAAGUUGGAAGAUUAGACUGUUUACCUUGUUUAUCUGUUAAGGAAAAAAACACAGAAGUCAAGGCUUAUGCUGCACUUGAAAAGGAAGAACUUCAGAAAGAACGAAGACAUGGAUUCUUGUUUGCAGACAAAAUCAUGAGGAUGUGGGCGAAGUUUCUUCUCAAAGCACCCACAAGAGUUGUUGUUGUUCUGAUCUUGGUAGGAAUGAUCGUCAGUGGAGUGAUUGCAGGCAGAAACCUGGAUCAGCGUUUUGAUAAUGACUUGAUUGCGAAACCAGGUUCUUACCUCGAGGGAUAUUUACAAACAUUUGAAAACUACUACAAUGAAUCUUUAGAAGUGAAUAUAAUUGUUGAUCAAAAGAUAUCUUACAAAUGGCGGAAGACACAGAACCAAGUAUUAAAAUUAUCUGGCAUUGCAAAAGAGAAUAAGUUUUAUAAAAGUGUUUCACUUUCAUGGAUAGAAGCUUUCAGAAUGUGGUCUGAAGGAAACAACGUAAAAACAAAUGGUAAAAUGUUUAUGAAAUCUUUGAAAAUAUUCCUUAGUCUACCUCCAUUUCGACAUUUCAACCAAGACAUCGUAUUUUCAAAAAAUCGGACAGAAGUCGUCGCAUCUCGUAUCCUGGUCUACACCAAGAGUACCACAGAUACUAUGGUAAUGUGUGACGCUAUGGUUGGAAUACGCAAUGAUCUAAAGACGAAGUCUAAAUUACCAGCAUACGCCAUUUCACAAGAAUUUCUGAGUUUUGAAACGUAUCUACUAACCCCAUCUGAAACUUUGCGAAAUAUUUUACUUUCAUCUCUAACAAUUGUUUUGAUAACCAGUGUUUACUUGGUCCACCCUGCAGCCAUAUUCCUCGUCUUUAUAAACUUUAUAUUUCUUGUUAUCGAAUUGCUUGGUAUUCUUCACCUCUGUGCUGUACCACUCAAUACUCUAGCGAUGGUGGGUUUCGUCAUGGCCGUUGGUUAUUCAGUUGAUUAUAGCGCUCAUAUUGCGCAUGCGUUCAUCUUGUCACCACAUAAAACGGCGAAGGAAAGAGUAGUGAAUGCUUUGACAACUGUGGGAUCCAGUGUGUUCUGGGGAGGUAAGUCAAGUGUUUAACUUUGUGGCGACAAUUCUAAAUUGUAGGUAACAGACUUACAUCUGUUAUGUAAUGUAACAGUGAGCCAGUAAGGAUUGCGUCAGAAUGUCGGCGGUUGUUUCCGCGAUUCCCCUCAAUAGAAAACAUUGUUGCCAAAACCAAUUUUAUAGCGUAGACUGCUCUUCUAGGGGAAUGAGGCGAGCGAGAAAUAAACAAGUGCCUAGCCGACAGCCCGAGAUAAUUGAUCACCGCCCACUUGGUUACUGAGAUUUUAGGUAAACACAAUUUCAAAAGAUGUUAGGUAAUCCGUUUUAAAUCUGAUCCAAAACGUUAAACAACAUUCGUAAACGAUUCCCAUGCAUCGAAUCGAAUUUGUAAAACAAAUCUUAAUUUCAACUGAGGGCAGACAAAGUGUUUAUUCGUGCAUCUAAAGUGUUUCUUCACACUGGGUGUCAAAUAUCCGAUACUUUGUGCACUUCUUCCAGCGAGCUACAUCGUCGUUCCAGUUACUGUAGCAUAAAUUAGCAUUUUUUCAUUUUCAACCAAUCAGAUUUCUCGUUCCCUGAAUGAACGAGUAAAUACGACAAAACAUUAGGUCUGAAUCAGGUUCUCCUUUCCCUUGUUAUGAGAGUCGCUAUACGGCUACAAAGUUUGUUUCUCAUGAAAGCUUAUGAUUGAAAAAAGUUGUAUCUAGUUCUGUCGUUGUCAUCCACGAUGAUUGCAUGUAUGUCAACCUAAUGCACAGAUGUAAGUUUCAAAUAUGCCAUAUGACCAAUCGAAUCCCUCGGACAAUUCCCUUAAAUGAACACCCCGCAAUAUAAACAUAAUCCCAAGUGAACUAUCGUGAUCCUAAUUGCGUACACACGCCCUGUAUAGACUAACUUAAUGUAAUAUUUAACAAUUAUUGAAUGAGUUGAGCAUGAUGUGAAGAAUUAUCAAGGGUGAUUUAUUUAAUUUAAAUGACAGAUCUAGAAAAGUCUCCAUCUCUCAAAAGCGUAAAUCAACUUUGAAAUGGGCAAUUUGAAUACCACACGUUAAGUUGGUGCGGCAUAUUAGGUAGAAAUGCGAGGUAUGCCUUUAAAUAUAUAACUUUGAAAAUCUUUCUUCAGGUUUUAGUACUUUCCUUGGAUUGCUUAUCAUAGCAUUUUCUCAAUCCAAGUUAUUCCAGUUGUUAUUCCGAAUCCUGGUGUCGAUCGUUCUGCUUGGUCUGCUACAUGGUCUUGUCUUCCUUCCUGUACUACUGUCGUUGUUUUGUCCCUGGAAAUUAGAUGUUGUACACACAGACGAAAACAACAACAACAACAACAACAACAACAACAACAACAACAACGAGAGUAACAACAAUGAAUUAUCUGAUUCUGAGGAUGAGAAUCAAGAUAA